AUGACCCACGCUAUGCCUUCGACGAUUGACUGGCGAGCUAAUACGGAAGAUACCGACUAUGCAUUCAUGCUCUUUCAUCCCGAUACAGAGACAGACACUAGUACUAAUCCAUAUGAAGAGGCACAGACUCUCUACACAACAACAAAUGUACACCCAACACUUUGUACGACUAUCAAUCAAGCACUAAGUGACGAAGAGAUGUUGGAUGAAAUUUUCCAAGAAAUUAUGUCUCCAGGGCCACACGACCAUGAAAUUAGUCAAAAAGGCUUUGAUAUGGCACUUUUUAGUCCCGUAGCUUCCACUCCGUCCACACCAGAGCUUUCGAGUCCACAACGUCGUGAGUGUCUUUCAUCUUCAUCACUUGGAUCCAUGUCUCCGAAUUUGGCUGCUCCAUUACGAAUGACGUCCAUGCCUGUUACUUCAGGACACAACCGCAACAAUGUUUUUUUUCCUUUGCUUCACGAUCCUAAAGUGCGUCUCAAUACAAAUUACAAUGUCCAUCCUACUUCAAUGCUAUUUGUCUCGCCAACUGCUGCUGCUCGUCGAAGUUACCGCCGAAUGUCGCGCUUACAAAAGAAAAAACCAGCAUCUCGUAUUUGUCGAAUGCCUGGGUGUACAAAGGGCAUUCGAUCCCGUGGAUUGUGCAAAGCUCACGGUGGAGGUCGAAGAUGUACAACACCAGGGUGCGAGAUUAGCGACCAAGGUGGAGGUCACUGUAUUGCUCAUGGUGGUGGCCGUCGAUGCUCUGUAGGAGGGUGUCAAAAGUCAGCCCAAUCAAAGGGUCUAUGUAAAUUACAUGGAGGUGCUCGAUUAUGUCGUUUGCCUGAUUGCAGCAAGAAUGGGCAGAUUAAAGGACUCUGUCGACUUCAUUAUAGUCUUUCCAUGGCAACAAAAACGUCGGCAAAGGCUAGUGUACCCAUGGUACUUGACCUCGACCCACCGACCACAUGUAAUCCAUGCGACACAUUUGACUUACGAAUUCAACAAUGCUUGGCUAGCAUUCCUCUAUAA